UUUCCGUCUCGCCAUUCUUCCGAAGGCGGCGUGAACCGGGGCUGCUUUGGAGCGCUGUGUUCCUCACGGCUGGGGUUCCUGGGGCUGCAGAGCUCAGGGCAGACUGGACGCAAAGGUUAUUUGAAGCAAAUCAUCUUAUAUUUCGUGGCAACAUACAGUUUCUGUGACUAAAACAUGGAUAUCAGACCAAAUCAUACAAUUUAUAUCAACAAUAUGAAUGACAAAAUUAAAAAAGAAGAAUUGAAGCGAUCCCUGUAUGCGCUGUUUUCUCAGUUUGGGCAUGUGGUAGAUAUUGUGGCUUUAAAGACGAUGAAGAUGCGAGGCCAGGCCUUUGUUAUAUUUAAAGAACUGGGCUCAUCCACAAAUGCCUUAAGACAGUUGCAAGGAUUCCCAUUUUAUGGUAAACCAAUGCGAAUCCAGUAUGCAAAAACAGACUCUGAUAUAAUAUCUAAAAUGCGUGGCACUUUUGCUGACAAGGAAAAGAAGAAAGAAAAGAAAAAAGCCAAAACUGUAGAACAGACUGCAACAACUGCAAACAAAAAACCUGGGCAGGGAACAUCAACAGCUAAUACCCAAGGAAAUGCAGCACCAAAUCCUCAGGUCCCUGAUUACCCUCCAAACUAUAUUUUGUUCCUUAAUAACUUACCAGAAGAGACCAACGAGAUGAUGUUGUCCAUGCUGUUUAAUCAGUUCCCUGGUUUUAAGGAAGUACGUCUUGUACCUGGAAGGCAUGACAUUGCUUUUGUGGAAUUCGAAAAUGAUGGGCAGGCUGGAGCUGCCAGGGAUGCAUUACAAGGAUUUAAGAUUACACCAUCCCAUGCAAUGAAGAUCACCUACGCCAAGAAAUAACCUCAGGAUGGGCAUCUUUACGGGACUUGGUGUUAUUUAUGCUUUUGUUUUGAUAAUGUGGUCAGGCCAUUUUAAUGGUUGUAGACAGUGGGGAAGUAAAAGUGAAAUUUUUCAUCUAGUCUUUAGCCUUAGUGAGCUGUGUAAUAUGAAGGCCUUAAUUUUGUACAAUAAACUUUUAUUUGUAUUCUAA